GCGGCGGGGCGGGGAGUGUGCGCGCGAGCUGCGCCUGGCUCACUGAGGCCGGCGGCUGCCUGCGGAGCGGCGGCGGCGGCGCCUUUGGAGAGCUGCGGGUCCCCCUCGCCACCAUGUCCCCGCGCUGCGCGGCGGCCGCCUCGCCGGAGGACACGGGAGGAUGAGGCGGAGGCGGAGGCGGCGGAGGAAGGAGGAGGCGGCGGCGAGGCAGGCGGCGGGAGGCCGGCGGAGGCGGAGGGGCAGCGGAGGAUGAAGUGGGGUGUCCGGGGAGCCUGCGCCGCGCUCUCCAGCUGCCUCCUGCUCGCCUGCGCGCUCAGCGCCGCCGCCGUGGGCCUCAAGUGCUUCUCGCUGGGCUCGGAGCUCAAGGGGGAGCCCUUCCGCCUGGGCACCGCCGCCGGCGCCUUCUACUCGGGGCUGCUGCUGGCCGCCGGCCUCUCGCUGCUGGGCUCGGCGCUGCUCUGCUGCCGCCCGCCGGAGGGGGAGGCGGCCGGGGGCCAGCAGCAGCCCGCGGCGGCGGCGGGCGGGGGCGGCGGGGCGGCGCCGCCGGGGGGCCGGCAGAACUUCCUGCUGCUGGGCGCGCUGGUCUUCAUGCUGGGCGUGCUGAGCGCCUUCGCCGGGGCCGUCAUCGACGGCGACACGGUGUCGCUGGUGGAGAGGAAAUACUCGCACUACUGCGGCCCGGGCCCGGGCGGCGGCGGCGGCCCGCGGGCGGCGGGCGCGGCGCUGCGCUGCCAGAAGCUGCGGGACUACCAGCGCGGCUUGGUGCUCUCCACCGUCUUCAACGCGCUCGAGUGCCUGCUGGGCCUGCUCAGCCUGCUGCUCGUCCGCAACUACAAGGCGGCCCAGCAGCGCGGGCUCCGCCGGCAGCGCCGCCGCCAGCAGCAGCGGCCGGCGCCGAGCGGGCGGAGACGGAGGCGGCGGCGGGGCGGAGGCGGGGGAGCGGGCGGGCGGCGGGCGCCGCGGCCGAGCCAGGGCUCCAUCUUCUCCAGCGAGGAGCCCGAGCUGUCCCCGGCCGACUGCCCCUUCCAGGCCGUCUCCUACAUCAACGUGGGCGUCUUCCACGUGUUCGACGAGGCCGGCGUGGAGGUGCACUGCGGCGGGCACCCCUCCCUGGAGCUGCCCGGCUACUCGCCCAUGGACCCCGAGCUCAACCCCUCCUAUCCCUACUGCUACCCGCUGCCCCACGAGCAGCCCCCGGCCUACGAGGAGAUCUACCCCGGGGAGGCCUGCGCCAACAGCAGCUAGCGAGGGGCUGGCCCCGGGGAACCGCACCUGCGCUGACAAUCAGCCGCUGGCACCCGGCGGCCCCUGCCCCAGCUUUUGGGGAACAUACGCCGGGCAGCAUCAGCCCCCUCUCCUCACCGGCCCGCGCAAGAAGCGCGCGUCCCUCGUCUCUCUGCGCUAACGCCUGCUGCGGCUAAGCGCCUUGCAAAAGCUCAGCCUCAGUCUCCCGCAGCCUCGAGCGCCAUCGCUGCAUUUAGUGAUACCCUGGCCGGAGCCCCACCGUUCGCUGCUCCUGCUGGUGAAGAAGGCUGGGGCGUGACUGAGCAGUCCCACUAGCACAUUUUUCACUAUCAUGGUUCUGCCUGCUGGAGUUUUUCCAUCUGUCUUGUCUGCUAAAUAUCAAGAUCAAGUUUUAAAAGGCUGGACAAGAAUCAUUUAAGAGUUGGUUCUUCCCGUCCUGAUGUCUCUUUGGCCAAUUUUUUUUAAAAGUGAAUCAUCAUCAUCAUAGUCUUUUCUUCAGCUUUAAAACGGUACAAAAGUAUACCAUUUAUAAUAACCAGCCAGUGUAAGGGGAAAAGUGUAAGGAAGCUUCUUUACCUCUCAAACAGAGAAAUUUUUAACAACGAAAAGACGUUCCUGUAAUGUUUACCACAGCUGUUAGGGGAAAUUCUUAUGUUUACACUUUCUUGAAGAUUUAAAUUCUAUUUAAAAUGUAGUGAGAAUUAAAACCUGUGUUGGGUCUGGUAGGAUGCACAUUAAAAAAAACCUGCACUUUCAAAAGGAAAAAGAUACAGCAACAUUUUUGUACACUAAUGUGCCUGCUUUUGUUUAACUUCUUACUGUAAAAGCUUUCGAAAGUCUACAGCGAAAAGGUUUGGUAGAUUCAUUGCAAUCUAAAAUUAAUCACUUUACUAAAAUAAUUGAGAUGUUAGUGGGAUAUAGGAAUUAAAAGGAAGUCCAAAUGUAACGUACAUUCCUUUUUGUAAACAAGUUCUGUGUUUUUAAUGCCAGGCAGGACUUAGUUUUGUUUUACACAAGUUUAGUUUUGUACAACUACAUAGUUUCUCUUGUAAAGAAUUUCAUCUUAUUGUUAUAAAUUCAUCAAUCUGGUAAGCUUGAAUAUUAAAGUUUAUUUUAAAAUAUA